AGUGAUAGUACAAUACCGAUACUAAGUGCAUUCAGUACAAGAACAAUCAGUAACCCAGAUCAGCUACAACAUCCUUGUAUACCGCUCACUGGUUUCAGUCCUCUCCUGACUCCUGCAAUGAUGGCUGCACAAAUUGGUUUGCUUAAUACUCCAAAUACUCUUCUUUCAAUGAUGCAGGCAGCAACUGCGCAAAAUUCCUUAAUACAUCAUAAUCGUUGCAAUGACAGGAAUGGCCAAAUACUGCCAACAAUGUUGCAUCAGUUAUCCGCACUACACAGCAAUCAGGUCUGUUUUUUUACUGCAAUUAUUUCAGAAACAUUGGAAUGA